AAUACACUCCCCUCAGUAAGAACGAAGUGACGAAACUGACUGCCGCAGAACUGCAGAAGUGUGGAUGCUCUAAGCGUCCCUCCGCCACUGCGACUGCCCUCUAGCCGACCGCCGAGAGCCGUCGCCCACCGCCAGUCCGCUACUACCCUUUGUCACUAUAUAGAGGUUUAAGCCCUAUGGCUAGGAAGUAUCUGCAUUCUGACUCUAGUGCUUCAGAUGAGGAAGGUGAAAUACGCGGCAGACAUCACUCUAGUGAUGAAGAAGCAGCUGAAGGAGAAAACGAAAGGAGUAGGUCUGAGCACCAAAGAGAAGGUGGAGAUAAGAAGUGCAGCUCUAGUUCCGACCACGAUACCUCUCCCCGAAAAAGUGAUAGAAGAAGGAAGCACUCUGAUGGGUGUGAAGUCACAAGGAAAGAUGAAACAGCGAAGGGAAAGGGAAGAAGUAGAAGAGGCAGAGAUGAUACUGACAGGCAGGAAAAUGGAAGUAGAAGAGACAAGGACGAGAAUUACCGGACUAGGUAUAGAGAUGAAGAAAAGUACAAUGGUAGAGAUAGAGAUUAUGAGCGGAUGCGUAGAAGUGGUCAUGAAGGGGAUAAUAAAUACGAGAAUGGGCACUGGAGGAGACAAGAUGAUAAUCAUGAUGAUGAUGAUGUUAGGGGUAGGGAGCGUAAAUCACAGCACCAUGACUCUGAAGAUGAGAGUAAUAAGAAAGUGGAGCGGCAAAGGCAUUUGGACAGGAUGGAGGAUGAUGGUGGACAGAAUGUCAAGAGGGAGAAUGAGCAACAGAAGGAGUGCAAGGACUAUGAUGGGAAUGAUAACAGAAGGGAAACUGACCGCAGGGAUAGGCACAGGGAGGAUCGUUAUAGGGAUUCUAGUCGAGAAGAACGUAGGAGGGAGAAAGAAAGAGAUAGGAAGGUUAAUAGUGCAGAGGAUAGUGAAAAAGGUAAGAGGUAUAAAAGCAAGAAAGGGAAGUAUGAUAGGGAAAAGUAUAAUAAUGAGAGCAAACAAGAACGUGCAGAUAAUGCAAAGUUGAAUGAGGAUUCUAAAGUGUCAAAGCAAGAAGGAAAUAUGACUAUGGAGAAUGCCAAUUUGGGGAGAAGUGGAGGAGUUUAUAUUCCUCCUUUCAAGUUGGCAAGGAUGAUGAAGGAGAUACAGGACAAAAGCUCUGUUGAAUACCAAAGAAUGACAUGGGAUGCUCUUAGGAAGAGUAUAAAUGGGUUAGUGAAUAAAGUGAAUGCGACAAAUAUAAAGAACAUCAUUCCGGAAUUGUUUGCAGAGAACCUGAUUCGUGGAAGGGGUCUGUUUUGUCGGUCGUGUAUGAAGUCCCAAAUGGCUUCUCCUGGUUUCACAGAUGUAUUUGCAGCAUUAGUUGCUGUUGUAAACACUAGGUUUCCAGAGGUGGGUGAUCUUCUUUUGAGGAGGAUUAUAUUACAACUUCAAAGGGCCUAUAAACGUAAUGAUAAGCCCCAGUUAUUGGCAGCUGUUAAAUUCAUUGCUCAUCUUGUGAACCAGCAAGUAGUUCAUGAGCUCAUUGCUCUGGAAUUACUUGCUGUUUUACUGGAGAAUCCCUCUGAUGAUAGUGUUGAGGUAGCAGUUGGUUUUGUUACUGAGUGUGGAUCCAUACUGCAAGAUCUCACUCCCCGCGGGUUGCAUGGCAUCUUUGAGUGGUUUCGUGGGAUACUUCAUGAAGGAGAGAUAGAUAAAAGGGUUCAGUUCUUAAUCGAAGGCCUCUUUGCAUUACGUAAAGCAAAGUUUCAGGGGUACCCUGCGGUACGUCCAGAACUUGAUCUAGUAGAGCAAGAGGAUCAGUUGACUCACGAAAUAUCUUUCCAAGAUACUAUAGAUCCUGAAAUUGCUCUAGAUAUCUUUAAGCCAGAUCCCAAUUUCGUAGAGAAUGAAAAGAAGUAUGAAGAAUUGAAGAAGGCAAUCCUAGGUGAGGAGGAAUCUGAGGAAGAAGGGGAUUCUGGUGCCGAGUCUGGAGAUGAGGAUGAGGAUGAGGAUGGGGAUGAAGAUGAAGAUGAAGAAGAGGAUGAGGAGCAAAUGAAAAUAAAAGAUGAGACAGAAACAAACUUAGUCAACCUUCGGAGAACUAUCUAUCUGACAAUUAUGUCAAGCGUCGACUUUGAGGAAGCAGGCCAUAAGUUGUUGAAGAUCAAACUCGAGCCUGGUCAGGAGAUGGAGUUAUGCAUAAUGCUUUUAGAGUGCUGCAGUCAGGAGAGAACUUACCUCCGUUACUAUGGUCUUUUAGGGCAGCGUUUUUGCAUGAUCAACAAAGUUCACCAGGAGAACUUCGAGACGUGUUUUGUGCAACAGUAUUCAAUGAUUCACCGUCUGGAAACUAAUAAACUUCGAAAUGUUGCCAAGUUUUUUGCACAUCUGCUUGGAACUUAUGCAUUGCCUUGGCAUGUUCUGGCGUACAUCCGGCUUACAGAAGAAGACACUACCUCUUCUUCUCGGAUAUUUAUCAAGAUUCUCUUCCAGGAAUUGUCGGAACACCUUGGAAUCCGCUUGUUGAAUGAGCGUCUUAAUGACCAAACAAUGCAAGAGUCUUUUGAGUCAAUAUUUCCAAAGGAUAAUCCCAAAAACACUCGUUUUGCAAUCAAUUUCUUCACAUCCAUUGGUCUGGGUGGGAUUACAGAAAAUCUUCGGGAAUAUUUGAAAAAUAUGCCACGGCUAAUCAUGCAACAACAGAAACCCGUAUCUGGAUCAGACGCAUCUGAGAGCUCUGGCUCUGAUUCUUCGGAGUCUGAGUCGGGAUCUGAAUCAUCCAGCUCCGAAGAGGAUACACGAAGGAAACGGAGGAGACAUUAGUGAUGUGUCCAAAUGUUUGACUGUGUAUAUAAAUUGCCCUUCGUAGUGUAAUUACAUUCACUCGGGAAUUCAUAGUUAUAGUCUAGAGUUGUGGAUAUUUUGUAGUUCAUGGUGAGUUUUCUUUCCGAAUUUCAUAUAGGGAUGAGGGUAAUAUGCCCUUUUACUUGUAACGAAAAUGCAGUUAGUUCAUUCUAGUUCUAGUCAAAUAGAGUAUGCAAUUGGAGAUCAUUCUACUCCACUUUGGCUAAUGAAGCUUUAUUACUUGUUA